AUGGCAAAUAGUACGUCAAGUAAACUAUCAAUGACUGGAAAUGUCAUCUAUGAUUCUGGUAACGAUAGAUCAACUGGAAAGAAACGAGCUGUAAUACCAACCGGUGGAGUAAGUGUAGCUGAACGUGCACGUUUAUUUGGCACUCAAAUAACAACUUCAUCAGCAUUCAAAAAUUCUAAUUUAUCAAAUCAACAAGAACAACGACCACCACCACAUAAUAAUCAAUCAACAAAAUCAAAUGUUAAGCAUCAUGAUCGAAACUAUCAAUCAGUUAAAACAAAUGUUGAUCGACGUCCACAACAAGAUACAUCUUAUUCUACUUCACAAAGAAUAUUGAAUAAUCGUCAACAACCUGUUCAAAUAAAUGGCAAAAAGAAACAUGAACAACCAUCAACAAAUGAUUCACGUCAUUAUUCAACAGGUACACGUACACACACUCAUAGUAAACAUUCAUCUCCAAGUCGUCGACCAUUGACUACUCAUGAUAGAUAUCGAUAUGAUACUCCACCAAAACGACGACAUAAUAUAAUAAGUCCUACAAAAAUAACAAUAUCCGGUGAAUCAUAUAUACUUGAUGGUAAGGUUUAUAAUGAUCCUUAUGUUAAUUCAUAUGAUGAACCAAAUGUACCAUCAUAUUAUCAACAACCAUCGUAUAAUAUUCCUUAUCAAUCAUCAAAUUAUUUUCAACCAAUAAAAGAUCCUUUAGAAGAAUUAUAUAUGAAUUCAUCACAAGGAUAUUCUCAACAACAAAUACCUAGGAAAAAUUACACUAAUAUAGAUGGUAUACAACCAUUUGAGCUAGGAAAUUUAAUUCAUCGUAUUCAACAAGAUUAUAUGGAUAAUGUACGACCAUAUGUCUCAAGUAUAGAAUAUGUAGAAAAUAAUCAAAAUUUUGCUGAUAUUGGUUUAAUCACACCAGCUACUUCUCGAAAAGAUUAUACAAGACGAACUAAUGAUUUAUAUCGUCGAAAAGUACCAUCAAAUCAUUAUGAUAUUAUUGAGACAAAUGAUUCUUAUCCAUAUAGAAAAAGAUCUUCGAAAUAUCAAUCUGAUGAUAAUCAACAUUCAUCAAUGCAAAGAAAAUAUCGAAGACGAUAUCAUGAUCAAGCAUCUUCUCCUAUUCGUCCACCUGCUGCUGUUGUUCCAAAAGCACCUUCACCAAAGGUCACAAGUUCAAGUGAAGACGAAGAAGAAGCAACAACAAAUAAAAAACCAGAAAAAUCAAAAGUAACGGAAUCAGAAACUUCAUCUGAAGAGGAGUCCGAAGAGGAAUCUGAAAAAAAUACGUCAAAACAACCUUCUUCUCAACUUGUUAAUGGAACAGUUCCUACUUCAACUACAACUGGAAAUUCAGCAACACAACGCAAUGACAUAACUCGUCCAAUGUUAUCAAAUCAAACUGCAUCAAACAUAGCUCAAACUCAAGCAAAACAAGAUGAAACUGAAGAAAGUGAAUCAGAAGAAUCUGACUCAGAUUCUGAUAGUGACACCGAUGAGGAUGACGAUGAAGAGCCAAAACCUUCACCAAAUAUUGGGUCAAAUAAUCUCCGAACAAUACCCGCCAUACGAACAACACCUGCCACAUCACAAACCAAUGCUCGAUCAAAUAAUCUACGAACAACACCUGCUACACCACAAAAAAACGCUCAAUUAAUUCAACAACGAGAAAUUUAUGAUAAUCAUAAUACAAAUGAACCUCCUGAAUCACCAGAUUUAGGUACGAAUGAAUUUUUUGAGUUAGAUGAUUCUGGAAAAUCAUCACGUGGUAGCAAGUUUAAGUCGAUAAAAAAUUUGUUUCGUCGACACAAGUCCUAA